AUGGAAAGUGUCUCCCUGGAGUCAGACACUGUGGAGGCAAUCCAUGGGGCCGUACCUGACGAAGCCGGCUAUGUGAAUAGCAAUGUGAACAGCAAUAUGAACAGUAAUAUGAACAGCAAUGUGAACAGCAAUGUGAACAGCGAUGUAAGUGGUGAUGACCGCGCGCGCGAGCCUGGCAUCAAGGCGGAGGCCCCAGAGGAGGAAACCCCCCCAGCACAGGAGAUGACCCACAAGGGCGAAGCAGACAGGUGCCAUGAAGUAAAGAUAAAAAGCGAGCCAGUCAUCCUCAUGGACAAGGUGGAACGCUGUCUAGUGGUUGAGUGGUACGAAAAUGACAUAAGAAGGGAGCAAAGGAUCUCAUAUAAAAAAUAUGGUAAUGAUAAGGCAAAAUUAAGAGCAAAGGAAUUGAUUGAAAAAUUAAAAGCAGGUAUAACAUUCGAGCAGCUAUACCCAGACAAAGGACCACCUAUCGUUCGAGUGUACAGUGAUGUGGGGGUAUAUCGCGUGUCUUUAAUAAGGGACAGAAUUGAGCGAGAAUGGAGAGUUGAAUGGAUGGACAAUGAUAAUCCAAUGAAUGCCAGAUGGUCAUGCAAAAAGGUAGGUAAUGAUGAGGCACAGAAGAGGGCAGAAACAUUCGCGCAAAGUUUAAUUGAAGGAAUUUUUAAUCCCAUUUUGUUACACAAAGCUACGGGCACGAGAUUCUCAAGGUCAGACAAAACAGUUGUUAAGAUUAAUGUGUACAUGAAGAAAAAUGUUAAGAGGAAAACUAAGUGUAAGAUACAGAGAGGGGGGGUAGAUAAAUCUUCUUUAAUGAUGGGGAAGGGAAUGAAGGAUGGACUAAGGAAAAGAAAACUGAAGCAUACUAAUGAUACUGUUCAUGGGUCACUUAUAGAAGGAUCAGAUAUGGUUAAUGGGAGCCGGACCUACAAUGGAAGUGCACUCAGCAAUCUCUUUGUUAAAAAUGAGGGUACCACAAUGGAUGGUAGGACAGAUUCUAAUUAUAUGGGCAGAAUCAAAGAGGAAAAUUCGAAUGUGGUUUUGCCUGAGGGGAAUUACCUCUGGAAUGAGUAUCAUAUCGGUGUGAGUUCUAAGCGAGGGAGAGGAAUGACCGAGAAGAAAAGGCAUUACAAGCCUAGGGGAACUGGAAGGAAAAGGGACAGGAUAAAGAAGACACCAAAGGAGGGUACGAAAUUGAGGGGGAAAAUGGAGAAUCCGGUAAAGGACACCAUGAGGGGUGUAAUGGGUGAGUCUGUGGAGAACAGAUUGGCAGAUCAAUACAUAGCUGCUCAAACGCAUGGCCCAGUCGACCUAAACCUAUUCAGUUCCAAUACAGAAUUGGGAAAUGUAGACCCGCCUCCUUUCUCAUGCAGCAAUAAUUAUAUGAAGAAAGAGCAAGAGAUGUGGGACCCCUUAUCCAUGCCAUACAGCGACCAUGGGGAAGGGGUUAUGUUGAACUGUAAUAACAAUGAGACCCUGGAACGGGGUGCCAUGACGAGCAAUUACUUUACCCCCUGUGAGCAAUACGAAGGUUACCGAAUGGGUAGUUUUAUGGUGAAGGGGGAGGACUAUUCCUCUAGGUAUGCUUAUGGAACGAAGAGUGAUGACUACGCGGUUUAUGCAAACCACGGUGUGGGACCUGCGGCUAUGUGUUAUGGUGAUAUGCACCAUGAUAACCUGCACACGUUUCAUUACGGGGGUGAGGAUCCCUUCGUGAGUAGUCACACCAAUAGGAGUGAUGAGUAUGUUCUGGGGGGAAGCGGUCUGUCCGCAGGCCACUGCGCCAGCAGCGCUGUGUUCAGAGGAGGGGGGUAUAACCCUUACCUGGUGAGUUACAGUGGAGGGCCAAUGGCACCCCACAUGGCAGUUAUGCGGAGGGGGCUAGACAUGGAGGCUAUGCAUAGCAGGGCAGACAUUGAGCCUAUGCAGAGGGACGAGACAAACGAUGAUGUACUGCGCGACAUGGUGAGAGAUCACCAUGGGGCUAGCCUUAUCCCCCAGAAAAGCCAAAUAAAAAGUAGAAAAACUAUGAGGCAGCGCAUUUGUCAUUUGAAGAAAAUAAAGUGCGACGCCAAUGGAAAUGAGGUGCAGGGGAAAGACCGACGCAAGGGAGGCGAGAGGAACAAGGAGACCAAGUGGUUGAGCUUAGGGGGGAACGACUUUGCCCCUGUUAACGGUGGUGAACAUGGAGUAGGCGAUCCCCUCCCAUCUUCGUACAAUGGAGAACGAAGAAAACGAAAACGAAUAACAAACAGGAACUUCAAAGAGGAGGACUUCCUACUCGAUGAGGAAUUGAGUAAAUAUUUUUCUACAUGCCAGAAGAUUUAUUCAAGGAAAAACCAAAGGGGCUUGAGGAAUGAGUCGAAUGGAGUUAUGGACCACGUUGUGGGUGAUUCCAUGGGAAUGUGCAGGGGAAGGCGUUAUAAUAAUAUUGGCGGCGGCGUGUGUGAGGAGAAGGGAACCAUCGUGCAUGGCGGUGGUGCGCAAUUGAGAGCCGUUAAUCAGCACGGCUUUGAGGCAGGACAAGAAGGAACCUAUGGACAUAGCUACGUGGUACCCACCAUGAAAAGGGGAACCAGUGUUGAUAUUAACCAAAAUGAUAAUGUACUAAUAAACGCCAGCCUGAUCCCCAAUGGAAAUGCAGGGGAGAACCUCCUGACGGAACAACUUCCUACCAGAUCUCGGAGACGAACGAAGAAUUGCAAAUUUAGUCGAGCUAGCCAAAAAAAGGAUUCAGCUUUUGAUGAUGAUAAAAAUGCUAUGAGGGAGUCUUACAGGAUGUACAAGGGACAUGGGAAGAGAUACAACUCUACAUAUGGUAGGUUUAGAUCGCAUUCAAUGGACAGCCUGGGGGGUACAAUGGUUAGCGUCUCUGGUCUUGCCUCCCAAUCGAGAAACAACAAUGAGGGCUGCGGUGGUUACGUGCUGAAUGGCAAUGUGGGUCGGGAUGCAUUUGCACGUGGGUUUCAACCAAGCGGUUUGCAUUACGGAGGGGAGCCCCACACAGGGCAGGAAGGACACGUGAUGGCGAACUCAGAUGAGAAUGUUGGAGGAGGUGGCGGAGGUGACAUGGCAGACGGGAAGACUCACCUAAUGAACCUAAGAAGGGCGAGAAGGAGAAUCAGCACCCCAGGGAGUAAUUAUGGUCCCAGUGAGAUGCAACGUAAGAAUGAAAAUUUAAAUAGCUCCCUCGCGGGGAACAACAUAAUCGAGUUUGUUGAUAAUCCACGAGGGUACAGAGUGCCAUAUGAAUAUCAGUCCCGAGUAUUUUAUGAGCACUUCGAGGUACCGCUAAAUGCACAAAAAGAAUUUGAAUUGCAGCAAAGGUAUUUUGCCCGUUUGUUCUCUUUGCACAUUUUAGCCGUUGGAUGGAACGCUAACAAAAAUGCUCGCGUGGAAGACUACAUGCAAGAAUUGUCUGACCCUGCUUUUCGAUCCCUCACGAUGGGUGGUGCGAACAGCUGUGGGGAUUUCCCAAGUCAUGAUGGGUCUCCUGCUAGUGAGAAGAACAGAGUGAGUGGCGCGCAGGAAGGAAGGUCGGGUGGUCUCAAUCGCGGAGAAUUACAAACUGAGGUAUUCCUUAAGUCUAACCAGUUGAUACAUGACAGGAGGGGUACAGACUAUUGCUCCUUCAACUCCGUGGAGGAUGGUACUUUGCGGGUUAAUGAGGAUGGAUCCGUGCUCAACGUUGGUGUGGACGACGCGAACCAUUUGGGAUCACCACGUGGGGAGCAAGAGGUGGGUGACAUGAGCAAGUAUGAGUAUGCGCAUCUUAUGAGUGGUGUAAAUGAUGGGCGCUGUUUUGGCGGCAUGCUGAACGAGAAUGCUCAUGGAGACAUGCAUGGCUAUGGGUACGCAGAGGGUGUCAGCAACAUGGCCGGGCCAUAUGACACAUAUAUGAUGAGCAAUGUAAACGCUUUAACGGGAGUAGAUUACCGAUUGAAUAAUUACCAGGGUUGUAAUAACUUUGGGUCUAUGAAUGGGAGAAACGGCACGGAAUUCUUGAACGGAGUGUGCAUGAGCACAGGAGGAGGAAUGAACGACGUAAGCAGGGCCGCCAAUGCGGAAGAUCUGAUACUUCCGAAUGAGAAUUAUGCUAGGGGGGUGCACCCAAUGCAUCUGCAUGGAAAACAUAUUGUUAACCCAAAUAUGCACAGCAAUGUUAGUAUGGCUUAUGACCAGGAGGGGAAGUACUUACAGGUUAACAGAUCUUAUGAUCCUAAUGUGAAGGGAAAUAUGGAAUACGUGCAGCAUUACAUGUACAACGUGCAUCCUUUGAGCAUUAACAACGUAGAUGAUGGUUCGUAUGAACUGUCGUUAAGUAGGGGAAGCACUUUGCCAUUCCACAAGGAUGUGACCGUGGUGAGUAGAGCGCCAUGGGAAGGGAGAGAAGAGAAUGAAGGCGCAUUCGGUGCAGUGAGAACUGAAACAGUUAAUCAUUACAAGAGUUUUGUUGAUGGAAGGAGUAAUGUCCCCAUGGUGACUACCGAAGGGGAAGAAGACACCUACCCCAAUCUACAAAGUACCAUAGGAAAAACCAGCGAGUUAGAUUCGUUAGGAGCAUGUGGCAGGGAAGACAACCCUUAUGGUGUAGGAAGCGUUGAGUAUGAUGAACUGCAAAUUGGACCAAGGACAGAUAUUGCCAUCAGAGGGCAGUGCUCAUUUGGAGAUACUUCAUAUGUGGAAAGUGCCGACUCAUGUGAGCGAAACAGAGAAACGUAUGAAAUGGUUAGAGAGGUGCAGUAUGGAGAAGGAAAGCAAGGAGGACACGUGUCCUUGAGGCAAGUGCCCACCAAUGAAUAUGAUCUCAUGACGAUUGGAGACAGGGAGGCACAUGGGCAAAGAAUAGGCUACAUGAAUUUGCCAUAUGAAAGAGGAGAUGAUGAUGAGGAGCUCCAUGACGACAAGUUAGACUCGGAGAUGAUGAAAGAAAAUGUAGAGGUUGCGGGAAAAGGAGAGUACCUUUACUAUAAUGUAUACGCCAAUGCAGAGAAUGGAAUGGGGAUGCCAGAGAGAGGCAUGCACAACUGUGCUGAAGAGGUGAAUUACAAUAUGGUUGAUAAAUCAAAUGACGACUGUAGUAGUGGUAGUGCACAUGGCAAUGGCGAGUACUCCAUGCACGACAAGCCGCACUACGAAUUUGGACACAUGGUUCAGGUACUACCAGGUUAUGAACACCUGGAACGGGAAGGGCACUGCCAGGAUAAUGUUGUGGACAGGCAGGCACAGUCACAGUAUGAAAAGGCGCAUUAUGUGUUCGGCGUGUGCAGUGGGGGGAAUCAUCCGUCCAGUGGAGAUGUGGUUCCGGGGCAGCAGCACUCGGAUGACCUCAGCGCGAACGGAAGCAAUAAUGGGAGCAAUAAUGGAAGCAAUAACGGAAGCCAGAACAGCAGUAGCAAGGGCAAUCCUAAUACAACUCCAAACAGUUACGACGACGUGGCAUACAGCAGCUAUUUUAAGGAGGCCAACAUGACCUCGGCAUCCAGUUCCACGAUCAUGACUAACAUGAAGGAUAUGAACAACUAUGAAUACUGCAAUAACAGGAAAAUGAUCGGCAAGCUGAGGUUCACUUCAAAUACCAGUACCAUAAACACGGAGUGCCUCCCGAGUAACCUUUUAAAUUCUAUAAGCAUGAACAACUCGUGUCUUUCCAAUAAUGUGAAUGAACAGGUGCAGAAAUAG